AUGAGCUGCACCAGAAUGAUCCAGGUUUUAGAUCCACGGCCUCUGACGAGCUCAGUCAUGCCAGUGGAUGUGGCCAUGAGAUUCUGCUUGGCUCAUUCGCCACCCCUGAGGAGCUUCCUGGGUCCUUAUGAUGACUUCCAGCAAAGAAAUUUUGUGAACAAACGGAAGCCGCUGAAACCAUGCCUCAACAUAAAACAGGAAGCCAAAUCGCAGAACGACUGGAAGCACUCUCACAACCAAGCCAAGAAGCGAGUUGUGUUUGCUGACUCCAAGGGCCUCUCUCUCACAGCCAUCCACGUCUUCUCUGACCUCCCUGAAGAACCAGCCUGGGAUCUCCAGUUUGAUCUCUUAGACCUUAAUGAUAUCUCUUCCAGCUUAAAACUGCACGAGGAGAAGAACUUGAUUUUAGAUUUCCCGCAGCCUUCAUCUGAUUAUUUACGUUUCCGCAGCCACUUUCAGAAGAACCUCGUCUGCCUGGAGAACUGCUCUUUGCAAGAGCGAACGAUGACUGGGACUGUGAAAGUUAAAAAUGUGAGCUUUGAGAAGAAGGUUCAGAUUCGUAUCACUUUUGAUACCUGGAAAAGCUACACCGAUGUGGACUGUGUCUACAUGAAAAAUGUGUACAGUAGCUCAGAUAGUGAUACCUUUUCCUUUGCUAUUGACUUACCCUCAGUCAUUCCAACUGAGGAGAAAAUUGAGUUCUGUGUUUCUUACCAUGCCAAUGGACAAGUGUACUGGGACAACAACGAGGGUCAGAAUUAUAGAAUUGUCCAUGUGCAGUGGAAACCAGAUGGGGUACAGACACAGACAGCAUCUAAGGACUGUGCAUUCCACCAGGUGUCUCCCAAGGCUGAGAUGGACUCGCCAAUCUUUGGCAGCCCAAGGCUGGCUAGUGGGUUUUUCCCAGAAUGGCAGAGCUGGGGCAGAAUGGAGAACUUGGCCUCUUAUCGAUGA